AUGGAGAAAAAGACCUUCAAGCGGCGCGCGAAGAGAAAAUUGGCCCGGGAUCCCGUUGACCCGAAAUCGAAGAAGAAAGACUGGAGCGAGAAGGUCUUGAACCGGCGUGAAUGGAAACCGUCGGAGGAAUACAACGGGUCAAAGGUGCGCAACGUUCCGUUUAGCGCUGCGGAGAACGAAAAAAUCCGCAAGGCGAUUCGAGCUUAUUGUGAAGAGGAAGGGCUGGACUAUGCCGCUGCGUGCGAAACGUUGCACAAGGAGAAGAGAAGCGGCGCCUGGGGACGCAUAGCGUUCUUUGCUGAUCUUCCUCGACGCAGGACCUGGGCCAUCGUGCAACGGGCGAAGAGGAUCCUCUGGGGGCCGCACAGGUGGUCGCAACUGGAAUUGCAGAUCUUGAUUGACGAGGCUUGUUCAGCUGCGAAGCCGAGUUGGGUCCACAUCUCGAACCUUAUUGCGGUAAACCCGAAUACGGUGCGUGACAAGUGGCGCGAGUUGUCCGGUGGUCACAAAGUGAAGGGCAAGUUCACACAGGCCGAGGAUUGGAGGCUGCGCAUGGCCAUCUGCCAAGCAACCCAAAGCCUGCUCCCGACGAAGAACAUCCCCUGGACUAAAGUCCAAAAAUGGAUGCCACAUCGGGGUUACAAGAUUUUGAUGCGACGAUGGUACGGGUCCCUCAUGCCGCGCUUGUCUGCCUACAAGGACAAGUACGGUAUGCCCGUCGAGCCAGAGGUUUUCGUGCGGCAUCUCUUGCGCAAGCUUCGAAAGAGUGGCAUCGAUGAUUCGAGGGAGGUGGAAUGGACGUGUGUCAAUAGGUGGUGGUCUGCCUCAAUGAAUCGAAACAAGUGGCGGGAGCUUGCAAAGAGAGUUCCGCCAGACCUAUACGAAGCAGACAUGCAACUGCAGGUAGAGUGGUGGUACGAGGCCCUAGAGUGCAAGGGCCAUCGCAAGCGAGACAAACAAGUGCUCAAAAACAUCGUCUCUGUGCUGGAGGCGGAGGCCACGCAGGAAGACUGCGAAAGCUCGAAGGCCGUACAGGAGGAUUGCGACAGUCUGAGCGGCAGCCAAAGAAAGCGCCGCGGCAAGCAACAUGCGCAGCUGGAAAAACGUGGUCGAAGGGUCAGUUUUUGUAACGGGGCCCAUGUAUCUGAGGAUGAGUUGCCACCACAGGAGCAAUAUCAUGUCAUGACGUCACAUGGCCUGCUUGCUGCCACUCGCGGCAGCGCCGGGCCUUUGCAGGCCAAAGUUAUCCAAAAACGACGGACUUUGAAGCUACCUCGGUUCAUCGCAGAACAUCGUCGCUUCAUCCGAACUGGGUUCUUCACGGACGAUGCGGACUUCCUUGAUCCAGAGGCUCCACUCCUGGCCGAUCGUGUCAAUGAGCGCUGGCGGCAUAUGGAUGAUCCCACUUUGCAGGCCAAGGUCCUGGAGCGCAGCAAUGUGGGUAUGGGCAUGUUGGUGCUCAACCUCGCGGAAGGCCUGGACCUCCCGAGUGUGAACGAGCUGUACAAGCGCUUGAGAAACCUGGAGGUGAACAGCCUGAAGAGGUUUGUUGGGCUCACGGCUACUGAGGAGCUCUGUCCAAAAGCCGAUGCAGUCGUUUCCGAGCCGGAGAACUUUCAGAGUUCGCUGGAGCGUGGAGAUCGAGACCACAACAGCCUUGCGACGGGCCGCUUCUGCAUCGGCUUGGAUCCCAAGGAACUGCUUCUUGCUGCUGUUUAUGCACAGAAGCAGAAGAAUGGUGAUCUUGCUCCCUUUUCAAAGGCUUUGCUGUGGAACAGCCAGGAACUGUCGUUCCUCGUGGCGGAUUAUCGGAAGCCUUUGGUGUGCCAUCUGAAUGGAGCAGCACGGGACGGCGGUGCGGCGCUGGCCGGGCUGGCGAGCUUCUCCGGUGCAUGCGAAGCGUCCGAAGUCUCUGUCCGUUCCUGCUUCCACGGCCUGGUGCCAAUGGGAGGCAUGACUUCAUUGCUCGGAUCUUUGAAGUGGCACCUGGGAGAGUUCCUUGCGCUCACGGGUUGGACGCUCCGUGGCUCCGAUUUGGUUGCGCUGGGGCUGGUCAGGCACUGGAUGUCGGCUGAUGCCCUGCCAUUCCUGGAACUGACCGCGGAGAAACAGUUGGAGGUGUCUGAAAGUGAUGCUGCCAUGCUGUUGACGGAGCACUCAUUGCCACUACCGGAGAGUAGCCUGCUUUCCGGCCAGCAAGAUGCGCCGGGUUUCAAGCGAAGUUACAUCCCACUGAUUGCAGAGAUCUUCAGCGAAGAAUCCCUGCCGAAAGUCAUUCAGGCACUGGAGGACAAGACCAAACAGCCUCAAACUGUUGAGAACAGCGAGUUCUUACAGGUUUGCAAGGACAGACUAAGCCGAGUGGACAAGCGAGCAGCCGCGAUGACGCAGGCCCUCAUUCGUGAUGCCCGAGCGAACAUACAGGUUUAUCCCGAGCCUCCUGGCAUCCAGAGGCUUCAUCCUACGGUGCUGCUGGAGGCGCUGAGGCAUGAGCUUUGGGCCCAGACGCAGCUGCUGGCUCGGCAGGACACCAUCUGGGGACUCCAUGCCUUGUGCAAGGGAACGACCUUCAGGUUUGGAGAGCAAAUGAUGGAUGUUUUGGAGAAGGAAGUCGAGGAGGCCACCAAGGCGCCCGAGGACUUCGUCUUCGGUGUUCCUGAGAGGUCGGAGAUGCCGCUCUCGCAACAUCCACGACUAAGGCGAUACCAUCCUGAUUACGAUUCUGCCACAGGUUUGGACCAUGACCCAGUCUGGAUGCAGCAAGAAGUGCAGCGUUGGGAUCCUGAUCUCUUCGAUCUCGAGCGUCGCAAAGCUAUUGAGGACAUGCUGGGGGAUCAAGAUCCGUCUGCCUUUGGGCUUAGCCGUUGGGUCAGGGUCGAAAGCAGACCAGGAUGA